AAUCCCAGUGCCGGCCGCAGCGUCACGGUGGGAAUAAUCCGAAUGGGUACCACAAGGAAGAAGCAGAAUCCGAUUCUGCUGCUCGGAACACUACUACUUGCUCUGUUUUUGGCGGCGGCGGAUGCAGAGUACCUGCUGUACAAAGACUCGAGCAAGCCGGUCGAGGACCGAAUCAAGGACUUGGUGGGUCGGAUGACAUUGCCGGAGAAAAUCGGCCAGAUGGUUCAGAUUGAUCGCUCCGUCGCCUCGGCUGACGUCAUGAAGAACUACUUCAUCGGGAGUAUACUGAGCGGAGGAGGAAGCGUCCCUGGUCAGAAAGCUUCGCCGGAGACGUGGAUCAACAUGGUCAACGAGUUCCAAACCGGCGCUAUGUCGACCAGGCUUGCGAUUCCGAUGAUUUACGGGAUCGACGCCGUUCACGGUCACAACAAUGUGUACAACGCCACCAUUUUCCCUCACAAUAUCGGCCUCGGAGCUACCAGGGAGCCGCCGCUGGUGAAGAGGAUUGGAGCGGCGACGGCGCUUGAAAUGAGAGCCACCGGAAUUCCGUAUGCCUUUGCGCCCUGUAUCGCGGUAUGCAGAGAUCCGAGAUGGGGACGGUGCUACGAGAGUUACAGCGAGGAUCCUGACAUAGUGAAGGCGAUGACAGAGCUCAUCCCGGGGCUGCAAGGAGACAUUCCUGCCAAUUCUCCCAAGGGAGUUCCUUUUGUUGCUGGGAAGAAGAACGUGGCGGCCUGCGCCAAGCACUUUGUGGGUGACGGCGGGACGGUGAAAGGGAUCAACGAGAACAACACCAUCAUCGACUGGAACGGGCUGAGGAAGAUCCACAUGCCAGGAUAUUUCACCUCCAUAAUCAAAGGGGUCUCCACCGUCAUGAUCUCGUAUUCGAGCUGGAACGGCGUCAAGAUGCACGCCAACCAGCACAUGAUCACCGGCUACCUCAAGGGCACCCUCAACUUCAGGGGUUUUGUGAUCUCAGACUGGCAAGGAAUUGAUCGGAUUACCAGCCCGCCACACGCUAACUACACCUACUCCGUAGAGAAAGCAGUUGCUGCUGGAAUUGACAUGGUGAUGGUUCCACUAAACUACACAGAAUUUAUCGACGAUCUAACGCUACUCGUGAACAAAGGGGUCAUACCAAUGAGCCGAAUCGACGAUGCAGUAAGCAGGAUUCUGAGGGUUAAGUACGCAAUGGGUCUAUUUGAGAAUCCAAUGGCUGAUGAUAGCAUGGUCGACGAGCUAGGCAAGCAAGAGCACAGACAAUUGGCCAGAGAAGCUGCGAGGAAAUCACUGGUGCUGUUGAAGAAUGGGAAAGAUAGCAAGCAGCCAAUCCUUCCACUCCCCAAGAAGGCUUCCAAGAUACUGGUAGCCGGUUCCCAUGCGGACAAUCUUGGGUACCAGUGCGGUGGAUGGUCCAUCGAAUGGCAGGGAUUCACCGGCAACGAUCGCACCUCUGGAACCACAAUCCUUACAGCCAUAAAGGGCGCAGUCGAUCCAACCACACAAGUCAUGUUCCAAGAGAACCCAGCAGCAGACUACGUCAAGUCCAACAACUUCUCAUACGCCAUUGUCGUGGUAGGCGAACCUCCCUAUGCCGAAACAGCAGGCGACAGCCUCAACCUGACCAUACCCGAUCCCGGCCUGGCAACCAUCCAGAACGUCUGCGGAUCGGUGAAAUGCGUCGUCGUCUUGAUCUCUGGCCGUCCUGUCGUGAUGGAGCCUUACGUUGACUCCAUGGACGGCCUGAUUGCGGCUUGGCUCCCUGGAACUGAAGGUCAAGGUGUGACGGAUGCUUUGUUUGGGGAUUAUGGCUUCACUGGGAAGCUCCCCAGGACUUGGUUCAAGAGUGUCGACCAGCUGCCUAUGAAUGUUGGGGAUAAACAUUAUGACCCGCUGUUCCCCUUUGGGUUUGGGCUCACCACUGAAGCGGUAAAGGGGAAUUAUUAAGGUUUUUGGUGAUGAUGGGGUAUUUCUGAUUUUAUUUGGAACAAUUAUUGUCGAGUUUAGUUUUAAAUUCUGCUGAUUUUAUAUGCUGGUAAAAAAGAAAUUUUGUGUUUAUACAAAAGAGUACAGUGUUGGAGACAUAUAUAUAGAAGCUCUAAAACCAACUAUCAGUUUC